CCGCCGCCGCCCCGGGCCCAGCGCUGCCCCAGCCCGGUCCGGAGCCGCGCCGCUCCCCCCGGGGCCACCAGCAUGUCCAACAUGGAGAAACACCUGUUUAAUUUGAAGUUUGCUGCAAAGGAGCUCAACAGAAACUCCAAAAAAUGCGACAAAGAAGAAAAGGCUGAGAAAGCUAAAAUUAAGAAGGCCAUCCAGAAGGGGAACAUGGAGGUGGCGCGGAUCCACGCCGAGAACGCCAUCCGCCAGAAGAACCAGGCCAUCAACUUCCUGCGCAUGAGCGCCCGCGUGGACGCCGUGGCUGCCAGGGUCCAGACUGCCGUCACCAUGGGCAAGGUUACAAAGUCAAUGGCAGGGGUGGUGAAGUCCAUGGAUGCCACCUUGAAGAGCAUGAACUUGGAAAAGAUAUCUGCACUAAUGGACAAAUUUGAGCAUCAGUUUGAGACACUGGAUGUUCAGACACAACAGAUGGAAGACACAAUGAGCAACACUACAACAUUAACAACGCCACAAAACCAAGUGGACAUGCUCCUGCAGGAAAUGGCAGAUGAAGCAGGCCUUGAUCUGAACAUGGAACUACCUCAAGGACAGACAGGUUCAGUUUCUACAAGUGUGGCCUCAGCAGAACAGGAUGAGCUGUCACAGAGACUGGCCCGCCUCCGUGAUCAAGUGUAACUGAGCAGCGCUGCAGUUCUCUGGACCUGCUUCCAAAUUCCCUGUCUGGAACUAACCCUGCACUACACUUGAGGUGUAAAACAGUUCAGCUUAGGUGUUUGAAUACUUGUAAUAUAGGGUACUUCACUCCCAGCUUGCUACUCUUUCUAAAAUACAUUAAGUGACCCAAAAAUACCAGCUCUGAUGUCCUUUUCUGUACAUUUGGAAGUUGAUCUAUUUUUUGCAAGCUUUUUUCACAAAUUCAAGUUGAUGUUCUAAGUCAGCUACUAAUGGUGGUAUAUUCUAGUUCCAAGCAAAGCAGAGUGUCAGUGAGAUAUAUUUUAAAUUAUGAAGUGAUUUUUUUAAAUUAUGAGAACUGUUUCUGGUUGGAGAACUGAUGUAUCAGCUCAGAUGAUUGUUGCAGAUCAUUUUCCUACAGAGCCAAACUCCUGGAACACUCAAGGAUGGACAGCGUGGACCUGCUGGAAAAUGCACUUGUUGAAACAAAUAAGUGAACUUUGAGUUUUUUAGUCUUUAAAAUUUAGGAUAAAUGUGCUGAAAUUAACAGUUUAGUUCAAAAAUGAGUUACCAAAAGCUGAUUUCAUAUAACUGGGGACUUGUAUGGUGGCAUCACUUCAGCACAGUAGGAAUAAAAUAUAUUUUUGGACUCUUUGCCAGGUCUGUUGCUCUCUGCAGGUAACAUCCCAUUGUUUUUAAUAUUCUGGUUGUAUGGAGGAGCUAAUUUUAGCAAUCCCUUUAUAUUUCUGCAUAGUAAGAGAGUCUGGCUGCUCUCAGUAGCUUCAAACUCUUGUUGCAGUUGUAAAAUAAGAAAUGGUUGUAGAAAUUUGUACCUGAGACCACUUGUGAUGUGUUGUGAUAAACAGUGACGUUCA